CCCAGGCGCACGCUUGCACACGAGCACGCAGACACUCGCACACGCGCACGAACACAUGAACAAUGAGUGAUAGUGGUAGAGUGAUUGAAUUUGAGAAUAGAUCUAGUGUGGAAAUGGAAAUCAGAGUUUUCACGCCCCCGGACAGACCAGACAAGUAUAGAAAAAUCAUCAGAAUAGAACCACGUAAAACUCAGAAAGUGUUAUCUCAAUCUUUGUUUCCCGAUUCUGCAAACCAUACAUACCUAAUGUUUUUCACGGAUGGGGUUUACGCUGGCCGAUUUGAACUAUCACAAGAUGUGGUUGGUUGUGCCAAUAUUUCCUGCGAAAUUAAUCACGACGGAGAAUUGAAUAUUCAACGCAUCAAACACAAAUUACCAGCUGCCCUUCGCAUACUCAAGGAGAAAUUGCAGUGGGGAAGAAAUAAGAUUUAUAAUAACUUGCGCAAGUUUUCCACCACCAUGUACUUUGCAGCAGUUUAAUAAAGAUGGUGGUAGUCCCAGACUCUAGUCUCUCUAUUUGAAGCUCUAAAUAAAUUACUGCUGUGGUUUGUUCGGUUACCAUUACUACUUCUUUAGCUUAAGACUCCUUGAUUCAUGCGAUGUAUAAAUUAUCUCAUCAACUACGUACUUUCUGGUUUGUAAUUCUCUUGAGAUGAUAACAUUCUCUGACCUGAGGUCUCUUAUAUAUGGAAUGUAUCUGAUUUGUGAGACAAAA